AAAAAAAUGGACACUGGUCAACGGUGUAAAAAGUCCUCUACGGACCAACAACAGACACAACCAUAUACAAAACAUUAUUAUAAUCAAUCAGCCACGGAUAAUCUUCGGGCUAGUUCUAUUUCAAAUCAUAGAUGUAGUCAACCCAUUAAUAAACGAUCUUCACAUCACAUAUUUCCAUCAUGGCGGCCUUCACAUCGUGAUUCCACUUGUCACGUGAUACACGGAGGUGCUGGUUGGACAACGACAACCUACUUAGUAAUAUUACUUGCAUUAGUCUCUGUCAACACAAUAUCUGGUCAAAGUCCCUCAAUAAGUUCUAGUUCCAUCUAUCAAGAAGGCACAAACAUCACUCUCAAUUGUUCCACCCAAUCUAGCAGCGAUGUCACCUUAAACUGGAGUUGGUCCUACAGCCCAACAUACUAUACCAUCGAAAAUGGCACAUUUUCUACAGGAGUCUCAACUACCUCAUGGAGUGUGCUUACCUAUAAUGCUACAGCGCUCGACAAUUUGAGAACAAUGACUUGUAGCACACCAACAGGAAAAGCGGAUGUUACUAUAAAUGUCAUCUUGGUUCCUAACAAACCGGUCAUAACUGGACCUAACUCUACAAAAGCAGACGAAUCAAAGAGUUGGUCAUGCCUGUCUGAUGGAGCAAGCUUAAUACCUCCAAAUGUUUACUGGAGAUCAGGGGACGGAGAAACAUUGAUUGAGAAUGUCUCAAAGGAAACGUCCAUUGGACAGAAAGCUAAUAGCCAUUUUGUUUUCAGAAUCAAAACUGACAUAACUCUGACCCUCCCUCCUACGUCACCUACCUAUAUAUUAGAGUGCAAUGUGGUGCACUACAAAGCGCCUUACAGUUAUGAGACCAUAGACUCCAAACUCAUAACAGUUCUCUUUCCACCUCAAAUCACUACCUCUACUACACCAGUGGCCAAUAAUGAAACUUCAGAUGUCACCUUACAGUGUUCUGUGAUGGCUAGUCCUAAUGCUACACAAGUUAUCUGGUACAAGGAUGGUGUCAAAGUUGACAUGAACUCUACAAGGUACUCUGGGAGCACUGUGGCUGUUCCAAAUCUCACCAUCAGAAAUGUUACAAAGUCAGAUGCAGGGAACUACACAUGCACAGCAAUCAAUGAUCAGGGGAAUGGAUCCUCUCCAAAUACAUCACUGAUUAUCAACUAUGUACCUGACAUAACAUACAAUGUGACAUCAUUUAUUGGAAAUGCGGGAAGAAAUUUAACAAUUCCUUGUCCUGUGGCUGCUGUCCCAGAUGUGAGUGAAAUCAUCUGGAGAAGGAUAACAAGCUCUGUGGUAGAGAUCAUUGAUACUAACACUGGUGGAAGAUUUUCUGGGGGCAAUGCUACAACCAAGCAAUAUGAUCUCACUAUUAGCCCUCUUCAACCUGAUGAUAUUGGGAUAUACUACUGUACAGCCAAGAACAUCAUGGGUAACGUCACAGGAAGGAACUUGUCUGUAGCUGUAACAUUUCCAGCCAAACCAAAUAUUGAAGUUCCUACAACAAAUGUUGUGGCCAUAGAGAAUCAACCUUUUACUUUGACUUGCAACAUUUCCCCUAUUGAUACUCUCAUUGACUUUUAUUGGACAAAAAGUGGGUCGCAGCUGAACACAUCGGAUACCUUGAAAUAUUCUGGUGGAACACUGGGACAGCCGAGCCUGACUGUUUUGUCUGCCAUUGAGGCUGAUGCUGGAUUGUAUAGAUGUGUGGCUUCAAACUCCGUUGGAACUACCACCAGUGCUGGAAUAACUGUGACUGUAACUGGUAAACCUAGAGUGAGUGUUGCUAGCUCUGUCUUCAACAUAACAACCCCCACUGCUCAGGUACUAUUAACAUGUGAUGUGACAGCCAAUCCAGCACUCACAGACUUUUACUGGGCCAAAGAUGGUCAGGCUAUCAACAUUUCUGGCUCCAGCAAAUAUUCUGGAGGACUAUUGAAUAACAAAGCUUUGGUCAUUAUCAAUCCAACUUACUCUGACACUGGCAAUUACACCUGCGUGGCAACUAACUCUUUGGGUACAACUACAAGCAGUCCCAUCCUUGUUCUCAUUUCAAGUCCACCGCAAGUCUCUGUUACUUCAAGCAGUACAACUGUUGUGGAAGGAACAUCACAGCUGAAUCUAUCUUGCACAGUAUCCUCUGAUCCCAAAGAAAGCUCAGUGUAUUGGUUGAAAGGAGGCAAACCAUUGCCUCUCCCCUCUAACAAGUAUGGUGGAGGCAACCUGAGCAUUCCAAGUUUGACCAUUUACAACAUUGACCGAACUGAUGAGGGAAGCUAUGUGUGUGUGGCAAGCAAUAUUUUUGGGUCAGCCUCCAGUUUGAUAGCGACAUUAACUGUCCUGUAUGCUCCAUACCUGACUGUUUCAAAUAAUACAAUAGUAAGCUCUACUGGAGGCACUGUGCAAUUAAACUGCGGAGUUGAUGCCAACCCUGAGAUCACAAGUUACUACUGGCUCAAAAAUGUCACAAUAAUCAGCUCAACUGCCAACUCUUCCAAGUAUUCUGGUGGGACCCUAGGCAGUAGGAUUUUAACUAUAUUCAGAUCCACCUUUGAAGACAGUGGGAAUUAUACAUGUGUGGCAGGGAACUCAGUUGGAAACAGAACCAGUGAUCCAGUUGUACUUUCUGUUACUGGUAUACCAAUAGUCACAAUCAGUCCUAAUCCAGCUAAUGUUACUGAUGGGACAAGCCAGUUUAUUUUCAAUUGUUCCCUUACCGCUAAUCCACCUGUUUCCAUCAUUACUUGGAUAAAAGAUAAUCAGGUCAUCAAUGUCACUGCUCAGUUUAGCAAAUACAGUGGGUCCAGUGUGGAGAGUCCUGGGCUGGUCAUCAAAUCCAUCCAGAGGAGUGAUGCGGGAUACUAUGUCUGUGAGACCAGGAAUGAUGUUGGAGGAGCCCAGAGUGUACCUGUUCUACUGAAUGUACAAUAUGUACCUGUAGUUAGUGUGACCAACAGUACAGUCAUAGUACCAGUGACCUCAAACUUCACUUUGUUCUGCAGUGUUGAUGCUAACCCAUCUGUUUCUGCUUCAUUCUGGACCAAAUCAGGGUUGGUCAUUGACUCAGCUGUAAAUAACACAAAGUAUAUUGCUGGGGCAGCAGGCUCCCUUUCACUAACUGUGCUCAGUGCCACAUAUACUGAUGCAGGAGAGUACUAUUGUAAUGCUAACAAUUCUAUUGGUUCAAGCAGUAGGGCUGUGACAGUUUUUGUUUCAGAUGUUCCCAUUAUAAGUUUGAAUCAGACUAAUGUCACCUUUAUAGAAGCCACAUCCACUGUGAACUUAGCCUGUAAUGUUACUGGUUAUCCCCCUGUCACUCUUGUGUAUUGGGAGAAAGAUCAGCAGGUUUUGAACACAUCAGCCCUUUCCACUAGGUACACAGGCUCCACACUAGCAAGCCCCAGUCUGACUAUCCUGAAUAUAAGUAGAGUUGAUGCAGGCACUUACUCCUGUGUGGCCACUAACAGUGAGGGUACUAGAAGGAGUUCACCCAUCUCUGUGACUGUUAAUUAUCCACCUGACCUAACUGUGGACUACAGUGACAUCACCAAGAUAUUAGGGACAACUGUUACACUUACAUGUGUAGUGUCGGCAAACCCAGCUGUCACUUAUUUCCAUUGGCUCAAAGAUGACAUACUGCUGGACAUGUCUCGGAAUACCAAGUACUCUGGAGGAACCAUAGACAAUACAAACUUGACCAUCUAUGACCUUAACCAGCCUGACUCUGGCCUAUAUACUUGCAUUGCACUAAACUCAGUUAACCAGUCCACUAGUGCACCAGUAAAGUUGCAAGUGACAACCACACCUAUCAUUGAUGGCAAUCAGACCAAGGUGAACUCAACAGAGAACCAGACUAUAACUCUUCAGUGCCCAGCUGUGCCACUUGAUUCCCUGACUGACCUCUACUGGACCAAAAACGGCAUCAGAGUCGACAUUUACAAUUCAUCAAAGUACCAAGGAGGCAAUGUGAUGACACCUAGCCUGACCAUCACAUCGUUGUCUAUGGAUGAUAGUGGCAUUUAUUUGUGCUAUGCCACCAACAGUUUUGGAACCACAACAGGAGGAAACUCAAGUGUCUCUCUCCAGUAUUCACCAAAAUUAACUGUGUACAACACAAGUAUCACAAAGAAUGCUGGUGAAACAAUUGUGCUCACUUGUGUAGUCAAUUCCAAUCCAGCCAUCACCACUUUUAAUUGGUGCAAGUCUGAUACAGCUAUCAACUCUGCUGCUAAUCCUAGCAAGUAUUCAGGGGGAACAAUAUCCAACACCAACUUGACUAUAUUUGAUGCUUCUAGUUCAGAUAUAGACAACUAUUCUUGUUAUGCCAUUAAUCCUUUGGGAAAUUCAAGAAGUGCUCCAGUUGCUGUUAAUGUUAUUACAUCUCCUGUAAUUCCUGUACCAAACCCCAAUGUUACUGCUGUUGGUAACACAACUGUCACCUUAGAAUGUCCAGUGACUCCACUGAAUUCUCUAACUGACCUCUACUGGACUAAAGAUGGUCAAAGGGUGAGCAACACCAAUACUGUCAAGUAUAGUGGAGGCAAUACAACAGUCCCAAAUUUGACCAUUUAUUCCUCCAGUGCAUCAGAUUCAGGUUCCUAUGUGUGUGUGGCUACUAACCAAUAUGGCACAUCAACAGGUGGAAACACUACACUGAAUGUUACAUACCUUCCUCAGUUGACUGUGUCCAACACAAGUAUCACAAAGAAUGCCGGUGAAACAAUUGUACUCACUUGUAUAGUCAAUUCCAAUCCAGCCAUCACCACUUUUAAUUGGUUCAAGUCUGAUACAGCUAUCAACUCUGCUGCUAAUCCUAACAAGUAUUCAGGGGGAACAAUAUCCAACAGCAACUUGACUAUAUUUGAUGCUUCUAGUUCAGAUAUAGACAUCUAUUCUUGUUAUGCCAUUAAUCCUUUGGGAAAUUCAAGAAGUACUCCAGUUGCUGUUAAUGUUAUUACAUCUCCUGUAAUUCCUGUACCAAACCCCAAUGUUACUGCUGUUGGUAACACAACUGUUACCUUAGAAUGUCCAGUGACUCCACUGAAUUCUCUAACUGACCUCUACUGGACUAAAGAUGGUCAAAGGGUGAGCAACACCAAUACUGUCAAGUAUAGUGGAGGCAAUACAACAGUACCAAAUUUGACCAUUUAUUCCUCCAGUGCAUCAGAUUCAGGUUCCUAUGUGUGUGUGGCUACUAACCAAUAUGGCACAUCAACAGGUGGAAACACUACACUGAAUGUUACAUACCGUCCUCAGUUGACUGUGUCCAACACAAGUAUCACAAAGAAUGCUGGUGAAACAAUUAUACUCACUUGUAUAGUCAAUUCCAAUCCAGCCAUCACCACAUUUAAUUGGUUCAAGUCUGAUACAGCUAUCAACUCUGCUGCUAAUCCUAGCAAGUAUUCAGGGGGAACAAUAUCCAACAGCAACUUGACUAUAUUUGAUGCUUCUAGUUCAGAUAUAGACAACUAUUCUUGUUCUGCCAAUAAUCCUUUGGGAGAUUCAAGAAGUACUCCAGUUGCUGUUAAUGUUAUUACAUCUCCUGUAAUUCCUGUACCAAAUCCCAAUGUUACUGCUGUUGGUAACACAACUGUCACCUUAGAAUGUCCAGUGACUCCACUGAAUUCUCUAACUGACCUCUACUGGACUAAAGAUGGUCAAAGGGUUAGCAACACCAAUACUGUCAAGUACAGUGGAGGCAAUACAACAGUCCCAAAUUUGACCAUUUAUUCCUCCAGUGCAUCAGAUUCAGGUUCCUAUGUGUGUGUGGCUACUAACCAAUAUGGCACAUCAACAGGUGGAAACACUACACUGAAUGUUACAUACCGUCCUCAGUUGACUGUGUCCAACACAAGUAUCACAAAGAAUGCUGGUGAAACAAUUGUACUCACUUGUAUAGUCAGUUCCAAUCCAGCCAUCACCACUUUUAAUUGGCUCAAGUCUGGUACAGCUAUCAACUCUGCUGCUAAUCAAAACAAGUAUUCAGGGGGAACAAUAUCCAACACCAACUUGACAAUAUUUAAUGCUUCUAGUUCAGAUAUAGACAACUAUUCUUGUUAUGCCAUUAAUCCUUUGGGAAAUUCAAGAAGUACUCCAGUUGCUGUUAAUGUUAUUACAUCUCCUGUAAUUCCUGUACCAAACCCCAAUGUUACUGCUGUUGGUAACACAACUGUCACCUUAGAAUGUCCAGUGACUCCACUGAAUUCUCUAACUGACCUCUACUGGACUAAAGAUGGUCAAAGGGUGAGCAACACCAAUACUGUCAAGUAUAGUGGAGGCAAUACAACAGUCCCAAAUUUGACCAUUUAUUCCUCCAGUGCAUCAGAUUCAGGUUCCUAUGUGUGUGUGGCUACUAACCAAUAUGGCACAUCAACAGGUGGAAACACUACACUGAAUGUUACAUACCUUCCUCAGUUGACUGUGUCCAACACAAGUAUCACAAAGAAUGCCGGUGAAACAAUUGUACUCACUUGUAUAGUCAAUUCCAAUCCAGCCAUCACCACUUUUAAUUGGUUCAAGUCUGAUACAGCUAUCAACUCUGCUGCUAAUCCUAACAAGUAUUCAGGGGGAACAAUAUCCAACAGCAACUUGACUAUAUUUGAUGCUUCUAGUUCAGAUAUAGACAUCUAUUCUUGUUAUGCCAUUAAUCCUUUGGGAAAUUCAAGAAGUACUCCAGUUGCUGUUAAUGUUAUUACAUCUCCUGUAAUUCCUGUACCAAACCCCAAUGUUACUGCUGUUGGUAACACAACUGUUACCUUAGAAUGUCCAGUGACUCCACUGAAUUCUCUAACUGACCUCUACUGGACUAAAGAUGGUCAAAGGGUGAGCAACACCAAUACUGUCAAGUAUAGUGGAGGCAAUACAACAGUCCCAAAUUUGACCAUUUAUUCCUCCAGUGCAUCAGAUUCAGGUUCCUAUGUGUGUGUGGCUACUAACCAAUAUGGCACAUCAACAGGUGGAAACACUACACUGAAUGUUACAUACCUUCCUCAGUUGACUGUGUCCAACACAAGUAUCACAAAGAAUGCCGGUGAAACAAUUGUACUCACUUGUAUAGUCAAUUCCAAUCCAGCCAUCACCACUUUUAAUUGGUUCAAAUCUGAUACAGCUAUCAACUCUGCUGCUAAUCCUAACAAGUAUUCAGGGGGAACAAUAUCCAACAGCAACUUGACUAUAUUUGAUGCUUCUAGUUCAGAUAUAGACAACUAUUCUUGUUAUGCCAUUAAUCCUUUGGGAAAUUCAAGAAGUACUCCAGUUGCUGUUAAUGUUAUUACAUCUCCUGUAAUUCCUGUACCAAACCCCAAUGUUACUGCUGUUGGUAACACAACUGUUACCUUAGAAUGUCCAGUGACUCCACUGAAUUCUCUAACUGACCUCUACUGGACUAAAGAUGGUCAAAGGGUGAGCAACACCAAUACUGUCAAGUAUAGUGGAGGCAAUACAACAGUACCAAAUUUGACCAUUUAUUCCUCCAGUGCAUCAGAUUCAGGUUCCUAUGUGUGUGUGGCUACUAACCAAUAUGGCACAUCAACAGGUGGAAACACUACACUGAAUGUUACAUACCGUCCUCAGUUGACUGUGUCCAACACAAGUAUCACAAAGAAUGCUGGUGAAACAAUUAUACUCACUUGUAUAGUCAAUUCCAAUCCAGCCAUCACCACAUUUAAUUGGUUCAAGUCUGAUACAGCUAUCAACUCUGCUGCUAAUCCUAGCAAGUAUUCAGGGGGAACAAUAUCCAACAGCAACUUGACUAUAUUUGAUGCUUCUAGUUCAGAUAUAGACAACUAUUCUUGUUAUGCCAUUAAUCCUUUGGGAAAUUCAAGAAGUACUCCAGUUGCUGUUAAUGUUAUUACAUCUCCUGUAAUUCCUGUACCAAACCCCAAUGUUACUGCUGUUGGUAACACAACUGUCACCUUAGAAUGUCCAGUGACUCCACUGAAUUCUCUAACUGACCUCUACUGGACUAAAGAUGGUCAAAGGGUGAGCAACACCAAUACUGUCAAGUAUAGUGGAGGCAAUACAACAGUCCCAAAUUUGACCAUUUAUUCCUCCAGUGCAUCAGAUUCAGGUUCCUAUGUGUGUGUGGCUACUAACCAAUAUGGCACAUCAACAGGUGGAAACACUACACUGAAUGUUACAUACCUUCCUCAGUUGACUGUGUCCAACACAAGUAUCACAAAGAAUGCCAGUGAAACAAUUGUACUCACUUGUAUAGUCAAUUCCAAUCCAGCCAUCACCACUUUUAAUUGGUUCAAGUCUGAUACAGCUAUCAACUCUGCUGCUAAUCCUAACAAGUAUUCAGGGGGAACAAUAUCCAACAGCAACUUGACUAUAUUUGAUGCUUCUAGUUCAGAUAUAGACAUCUAUUCUUGUUAUGCCAUUAAUCCUUUGGGAAAUUCAAGAAGUACUCCAGUUGCUGUUAAUGUUAUUACAUCUCCUGUAAUUCCUGUACCAAACCCCAAUGUUACUGCUGUUGGUAACACAACUGUUACCUUAGAAUGUCCAGUGACUCCACUGAAUUCUCUAACUGACCUCUACUGGACUAAAGAUGGUCAAAGGGUGAGCAACACCAAUACUGUCAAGUAUAGUGGAGGCAAUACAACAGUACCAAAUUUGACCAUUUAUUCCUCCAGUGCAUCAGAUUCAGGUUCCUAUGUGUGUGUGGCUACUAACCAAUAUGGCACAUCAACAGGUGGAAACACUACACUGAAUGUUACAUACCGUCCUCAGUUGACUGUGUCCAACACAAGUAUCACAAAGAAUGCUGGUGAAACAAUUGUACUCACUUGUAUAGUCAGUUCCAAUCCAGCCAUCACCACUUUUAAUUGGCUCAAGUCUGGUACAGCUAUCAACUCUGCUGCUAAUCAAAACAAGUAUUCAGGGGGAACAAUAUCCAACACCAACUUGACAAUAUUUAAUGCUUCUAGUUCAGAUAUAGACAACUAUUCUUGUUAUGCCAUUAAUCCUUUGGGAAAUUCAAGAAGUACUCCAGUUGCUGUUAAUGUUAUUACAUCUCCUGUAAUUCCUGUACCAAACCCCAAUGUUACUGCUGUUGGUAACACAACUGUCACCUUAGAAUGUCCAGUGACUCCACUGAAUUCUCUAACUGACCUCUACUGGACUAAAGAUGGUCAAAGGGUGAGCAACACCAAUACUGUCAAGUAUAGUGGAGGCAAUACAACAGUCCCAAAUUUGACCAUUUAUUCCUCCAGUGCAUCAGAUUCAGGUUCCUAUGUGUGUGUGGCUACUAACCAAUAUGGCACAUCAACAGGUGGAAACACUACACUGAAUGUUACAUACCUUCCUCAGUUGACUGUGUCCAACACAAGUAUCACAAAGAAUGCCAGUGAAACAAUUGUACUCACUUGUAUAGUCAAUUCCAAUCCAGCCAUCACCACUUUUAAUUGGUUCAAGUCUGAUACAGCUAUCAACUCUGCUGCUAAUCCUAACAAGUAUUCAGGGGGAACAAUAUCCAACAGCAACUUGACUAUAUUUGAUGCUUCUAGUUCAGAUAUAGACAUCUAUUCUUGUUAUGCCAUUAAUCCUUUGGGAAAUUCAAGAAGUACUCCAGUUGCUGUUAAUGUUAUUACAUCUCCUGUAAUUCCUGUACCAAACCCCAAUGUUACUGCUGUUGGUAACACAACUGUUACCUUAGAAUGUCCAGUGACUCCACUGAAUUCUCUAACUGACCUCUACUGGACUAAAGAUGGUCAAAGGGUGAGCAACACCAAUACUGUCAAGUAUAGUGGAGGCAAUACAACAGUCCCAAAUUUGACCGUUUAUUCCUCCAGUGCAUCAGAUUCAGGUUCCUAUGUGUGUGUGGCUACUAACCAAUAUGGCACAUCAACAGGUGGAAACACUACACUGAAUGUUACAUACCGUCCUCAGUUGACUGUGUCCAACACAAGUAUCACAAAGAAUGCUGGUGAAACAAUUGUACUCACUUGUAUAGUCAGUUCCAAUCCAGCCAUCACCACUUUUAAUUGGCUCAAGUCUGAUACAGCUAUCAACUCUGCUGCUAAUCAAAACAAGUAUUCAGGGGGAACAAUAUCCAACACCAACUUGACAAUAUUUAAUGCUUCUAGUUCAGAUAUAGACAACUAUUCUUGUUAUGCCAUUAAUCCUUUGGGAAAUUCAAGAAGUACUCCAGUUGCUGUUAAUGUUAUUACAUCUCCUGUAAUUCCUGUACCAAAUCCCAAUGUUACUGCUGUUGGUAACACAACUGUCAUCUUAGAAUGUCCAGUGACUCCACUGAAUUCUCUAACUGACCUCUACUGGACUAAAGAUGGUCAAAGGGUGAGCAACACCAAUACUGUCAAGUAUAGUGGAGGCAAUACAACAGUCCCAAAUUUGACCAUUUAUUCCUCCAGUGCAUCAGAUUCAGGUUCCUAUGUGUGUGUGGCUACUAACCAAUAUGGCACAUCAACAGGUGGAAACACUACACUGAAUGUUACAUACCUUCCUCAGUUGACUGUGUCCAACACAAGUAUCACAAAGAAUGCUGGUGAAACAAUUGUACUCACUUGUAUAGUCAAUUCCAAUCCAGCCAUCACCACAUUUAAUUGGUUCAAAUCUGAUACAGCUAUCAACUCUGCUGCUAUUCCUAACAAGUAUUCAGGGGGAACAAUAUCCAACAGCAACUUAACUAUAUUUGAUGCUUCUAGUUCAGAUAUAGACAACUAUUCUUGUUAUGCCAUUAAUCCUGUGGGAAGUUCAAGAAGUACUCCAGUUGCUGUUAAUGUUAUUACAUCUCCUGUAAUUACUGUACCAUAUCCCAAUGUUACUGCUGUUGGUAACACAACUGUCAUCUUAGAAUGUCCAGUGACUCCACUGAAUUCUCUAACUGACCUCUACUGGACUAAAGAUGGUCAAAGGGUGAGCAACACCAAUACUGUCAAGUAUAGUGGAGGCAAUACAACAGUCCCAAAUUUGACCAUUUAUUCCUCCAGUGCAUCAGAUUCAGGUUCCUAUGUGUGUGUGGCUACUAACCAAUAUGGCACAUCAACAGGUGGAAACACUACACUGAAUGUUACAUACCGUCCUCAGUUGACUGUGUCUAGUACAAGUAUCACAAAGAAUGCUGGUGAAACAAUUGUACUCACUUGUAUAGUCAAUUCCAAUCCAGCCAUCACCACAUUUAAUUGGUUCAAAUCUGAUACAGCUAUCAACUCUGCUGCUAAUCAAAACAAGUAUUCAGGGGGAACAAUAUCCAACACCAACUUGACUAUAUUUAAUGCUUCUAGUUCAGACAUAGACAACUAUUCUUGUUCUGCCAUUAAUCCUCUGGGAACUUCAAGAAGUACUUCAGUUGCUGUUAAUGUUAUUAUGGUGCCAGUAAUUACUCCCCCCAACAGCACCAAUGUCCCAGGUCAAGAGAACACAACAGUCACACUCGACUGUCAAGUGGCACCUCUAGAUUCUCUGAGUGAUCUGUAUUGGACAAAGAAUGGAGUCCAACUGAACACAACUGGGUCCAGCAAGUAUUCUGGUGGCACUAAGAGCAUCCCAAACUUAACUAUCAACUCAAUGACAGACCUUGAUGUAGGAAGAUAUGAGUGUGUGGCAACCAACAACUUUGGAACCACUGAAGGACCAAAUAUAACUGUAAAUCUAGAGUAUAAACCUCGACUAAAUGUAAGCAGUGGAUCUAUUGUCACCACUCCAGGAAAUACCAUUAGUUUAACUUGUACAGUGUCGGCCAAUCCAAAUAUAUCCAGUUUCUACUGGUCCAAAGUAGGCAGUGGACUGAUUGACCCCAGUAGCAACUCCAAUAAAUAUAGUGGUGGAACAGUAGCCAACUCAACAUUGACCAUCAAUGGGACUCAAACUCAGGACUCUGGGAACUAUACUUGUACAGCGGGAAACACGAUUGGAAAUACUACCAGCUCAUUUGUUAGUCUCCUAGUAACUUUGGUGCCAGUAAUUACUCCACCCAACAGCACCAAUGUCCCAGGUCAAGAGAACACAACAGUCACAUUGGACUGUCAAGUGGCACCUCUAGAUUCUCUAAGUGAUCUUUAUUGGACAAAGAAUGGAGUCCGACUGAACACAACUGGGUCCAGCAAGUAUUCUGGAGGCACUAAGAGUAUCCCAAACUUAACUAUCAAUUCAGUGACAGACAGUGAUGUAGGAAGAUAUGAGUGUGUGGCUGUCAACAACUUUGGAACCACUGAAGGACCAAAUAUAACUGUAAAUCUAGAAUAUAAACCUCGACUAAAUGUAGGCAGUGGAUCUAUUGUCACCUCUCCAGGAAGUACCAUUAGUUUAACUUGUACAGUGUCUGCCAAUCCAAAUAUAUCCAGCUUGUACUGGUCUAAAGUAGGCACUGGACUGAUUGACCCAAGUAGCAACACCAUUAAAUAUGGAGGUGGAACAGUAGCCAACUCAACAUUGACCAUCACUUGGACUCAAACUCAGGACUCUGGGAACUAUACUUGUACAGCAGGAAACACAAUUGGAAAUACUACCAGCUCAUUUGUUAGUCUCCUAGUAACUUUGGUACCAGUAAUUACUCCCCCCAACAGCACCAAUGUCCCAGGUCAAGAGAACACAACAGUCACAUUGGACUGUCAAGUGGCACCUCUAGAUUCUCUGAGUGAUCUGUAUUGGACAAAGAAUGGAGUCAAACUGAACACAACUGGGUCCAGCAAGUAUUCUGGGGGCACUAAGAGCAACCCAAACUUAACUAUCAACUCAAUGACAGACGCUGAUGUAGGAAGAUAUGAGUGUGUGGCUGUCAACAACUUUGGAACCACUGAGGGACCAAAUAUAACUGUUAACUUACAGUAUAAGCCUCGACUAAAUGUAAGCAGUGGUUCUAUUGUCACCACUCCAGGAAAUACCAUUAGUUUAACUUGUACAGUGUCUGCCAAUCCAAAUAUAUCCAGCUUCUACUGGUCCAAAGUAGGCAGUGGAUUGAUUGACCCCAGUAGCAACACCAAUAAGUAUAUAGGUGGAACAGUAGCCAACUCAACAUUGACCAUCACUGGGACUCAAACUCAGGACUCUGGGAACUAUACUUGUACAGCAGGAAACACAAUUGGAAAUACUACCAGCUCAUUUGUUAGUCUCCUAGUCACUUUACUUCCUGUAAUCAGUCCACCCAACAACACCAAUGUCCCAAGUCAAGAGAACACAACAGUCAUGCUGGACUGCCAAGUGGCACCUCUAGAUUCUCUGAGUGAUCUGUAUUGGACAAAGAAUGGAGUCAAACUGAACACAACUGGGUCCAGCAAGUAUUCUGGGGGCACUAAGAGCAACCCAAACUUAACUAUCAACUCAAUGACAGACGCUGAUGUAGGAAGAUAUGAGUGUGUGGCAACCAACAACUUUGGAACCACUGAGGGGCCAAACAUAACUGUAAAUCUAGAAUAUAAACCUCGACUAAAUGUAGGCAGUGGAUCUAUUGUCACCUCUCCAGGAAAUACCAUUAGUUUAACUUGUACAGUGUUUGCCAAUCCAAAUAUAUCCAGCUUCUACUGGUCUAAAGUAGGCAGUGGACUGAUUGACCCAAGUAGCAACACCAAUAAGUAUAUAGGUGGGACAGUAGCCAACUCAACAUUGACCAUCACUGGGACUCAAACUCAGGACUCUGGGAACUAUACUUGUACAGCAGGAAACACAAUUGGAAAUACUACCAGCUCAUUUGUUAGUCUCCUAGUCACUUUGGUGCCAGUAAUUACUCCCCCCAACAGCACCAAUGUCCCAGGUCAAGAGAACAUGACAGUCACUCUGGACUGUCAAGUGGCACCUCUAGAUUCUCUGAGUGAUCUGUAUUGGACAAAGAAUGGAGUCAAACUGAACACAACUGGGUCCAGCAAGUAUUCUGGAGGCACUAAGAGCAUCCCAAACUUAACUAUCAACUCAAUGACAGACAGUGAUGUAGGAAGAUAUGAGUGUGUGGCUGUCAACAACUUUGGAACCACUGAAGGACCAAAUAUAACUGUAAAUCUAGAAUAUAAACCUCGACUAAAUGUAAGCAGUGGAUCUAUUGUCACUUCUCCAGGAAGUACCAUUAGUUUAACUUGUACAGUGUCUGCCAAUCCAAAUAUAUCCAGUUUCUACUGGUCCAAAGUAGGCAGUGGACUGAUUGACCCAAGUAGCAACACCAAUAAGUAUAUAGGUGGAACAGUAGCCAACUCAACAUUGACCAUCACUGGGACUCAAACUCAGGACUCUGGGAACUAUACUUGUACAGCAGGAAACACAAUUGGAAAUACUACCAGCUCAUUUGUUAGUCUCUUAGUCACUUUGGUGCCAGUAAUUUCUCCACCUAACAGCACCAAUGUCCCAAGUCAAGAGAACACAACAGUCACACUGGAGUGUCAAGUGGCACCUCUAGAUUCUCUGAGUGAUCUGUAUUGGACAAAGAAUGGAGUCAAACUGAACACAACUGGGUCCAGCAAGUAUUCUGGAGGCACUAAGAGUAUCCCAAACUUAACUAUCAACUCAAUGACAGACAGUGAUGUAGGAAGAUAUGAGUGUGUGGCAAUCAACAACUUUGGAACCACUGAAGGACCAAAUAUAACUGUAAAUCUAGAAUAUAAACCUCGACUAAAUGUAAGCAGUGGAUCUAUUGUCACCACUCCAGGAAAUAUCAUUAGCCUAACCUGUUCAGUAUCUGCCAAUCCAAAUAUAUCCAGCUUCUACUGGUCUAAAGUAGGCAGUGGACUGAUUGACCCAAGUAGCAACACCAAUAAAUAUAUAGGUGGGACAGUAGCCAACCCAACAUUGACCAUCACUGGGACUCAAACUCAGGACUCUGGGAACUAUACUUGUACAGCAGGAAACACAAUUGGAAAUACUACCAGUUCAUUUGUUAGUCUCCUAGUCACUUUGUUGCCAGUAAUUACUCCCCCCAACAGCACCAAUGUCCCAGGUCAAGAGAACACAACAGUCACACUGGACUGCCAAGUGGCACCUCUAGAUUCUCUGAGUGAUCUGUAUUGGACAAAGAAUGGAGUCAAACUGAACACAACUGGGUCCAGCAAGUAUUCUGGGGGCACUAAGAGCAUCCCAAACUUAACUAUCAACUCAAUGACAGACACUGAUGUAGGAAGAUAUGAGUGUGUGGCAACCAACAAUUUUGGAACCACUGAAGGACCAAAUAUAACUGUUAGCUUACAGUACAAACCUCGAUUGAAUGUGAGCACUGGGUCUAUCACCUCAGCUGUUGGUAGCACUGUUAGCCUAACUUGCACAGUGUCUUCCAAUCCUAGCCUGUCCAGUUUCUAUUGGACUAAAAUAGGCAGUGGCCUACUGGACCCAAGUAGCAAUACCAGCAAAUACUCAGGCGGAACAAUUUCUAACACAACAUUGACUAUCUCUGGGAUACAAGUUCAGGACUCUGGGAACUAUACUUGUUCAGCAGGAAACACAAUUGGAAAUACUACCAGCUCAUUUGUCAGUCUCUUGAUUUUUAGUUUACCAGUAGUAACUGUUUCACCAACCAACUUGACAGUUCCUGAAGGUCAAAGUGAAGUCAGAUUCAACUGUAGUAUCGUGGCUGUUCCGGCUGCCCAGUCUGUAAACUGGUUCAAGGACAGGAAAUCUUUAAAUGUGGCAUCAAAUCCUGCCCACUACACUGGCGGGACUGUGAGCAGACCAGAUCUCAGUGUACUAAAUGUCACAAGAACAGAUGCUGGCCUCUACUACUGUAAUGCUACCAAUGCAGCAGGCGCUGGAAUAAGUGCAAACAUAAGACUGGAUGUGACAUAUUCACCAAGUAUUAACACAAGCUCAGAAACUCCAAAAGGUUCAGUAGGUCAGAAUAUUACCUUGACAUGCAAUGCAGCUGCAUUCCCUCCUGUCACAGAGCUGUACUGGUUGAAAGAUGGUAACAGGAUCAACUCCACAUUGAACCCCUCUAAAUAUUUGGGUGGUACUCUUGCCUUACCUGACCUGACCAUCAUAAACCUGAACAUUACAACAGACAGUGGCACCUACCGAUGUGUGGCCAACAACUCAAUAGGGUCGAGCCAAGGCCCAUUGGUCAAUGUCACUGUUGUAUUUGACCCUUACAUCACUGUUGUCAACAAAUCUUUAACCGUUGAAGAGGGAAAGAAUGUGACAAUGGAUGUAUCUGUUCACAUGUACCCAGCGUUCUUUUCCAUCACCUGGUACAAGGAUAACAGUCCUGUGAAUGUUGCUAAUCAGACCAAAUAUCAGAAUGGAAAUGUUAGCACCCCUCCUCUAACUGUGCUGUUUGCUGCACCACAAGAUUCUGGAAGUUACACGAUCAGAGCUGUUAAUUCAAAUAGCACAGUUAGUGAGACGAUCUCACUCAAUGUUAUAUAUGUCCCUAAAGUCACUACUCCGCAGCAAAACGUGAAUGCUUCUGAAAGUAGUUCUCAAACUAUUCCAUGUGAGGUGCAGUCCAAUCCAGCACUCAAUUUUGUCUUAUGGGAGAAGGUGAAUCUCACUACAGGUCAGAAGUCCACUGUCUCUAUUGGAGGUCGUUUCAGUGGAGGAAAUACCACCUUUCCAGGCUUGAUUAUAAGUAAUAUUCAACCAAAUGAUGCUGCUACAUAUCGCUGUACAGUAGCCAAUAAUUUGGGAAAUGCUACUGGUCCCAACAUAACUUUACAAGUUCUAUAUGCCCCAUUGGUCACUGUCUCUGUUAAUCCCUCUGAAUUGUCAUUGAAUGAGAAGUUUGUAUUGACCUGCUCAGCACAAAGCUACCCAGAUGUGACCAACUUGAUCUGGUACAAUGGCUCACUGGUAGUUAGUCUAAACAACACUUUUACUCACCUGAGUUCCACUGUAUAUGACUUUACACCAUUCAGAUGUAGUGCCAGAAACAGUGUUGGAACAAAGAGUGCUUCCAUCACUCCCAACAUCACUUUUGCACCAGUUCAAGUGGACAAAGGCCAGGAAACUAUCAUAACUGCUUCCCCUUCUAGUGUUGUGUUGGAAUGUAAAGUGCUAGCCAACCCUGCUCCAACAUCCUAUAGAUGGUUCAAUGGUACCAAUGAAAUAGUUGGUGCCACUACGUAUAAUGUGACACUGAUGCUGGAUUCAGAUGGAGAUUUCACUCAGUACAGUUGUGCUGCUACCAACUCCAAGGGUGAGCUCAACCCAGCCAGAACAUUUAACAUACAACAAGAUUUCCCAAAAACAGGCAGCAGCACAGACAGCAGUGGACUGAGCACCCCAGUCAUCAUCUUGAUUGUCAUCAUUGUCAUCAUUCUGUUGGUCAUCUUAAUACUUCUUUUAAUAUUCUGUUGUUUACAAGGUGCUUGUCAGAAAUGUGCAAAGAGUAAAAAAGUUGAGCCCACGCCAUUAGAGAAUCCUUUAAGUGAACCAGCGUCUAAACCUGUUGAUCCAUUAGCUGCUGGCAGUUGGAUUAUCUCUGUCCCAGAGAGAACAGGGGCUAGACCACACUACCUUCCUCCAAUUGACCCUGCUGCUGAGGCUGCUACAGCAAAGUUUUAUGGUGAAAGAAAAAGAAGAUCAAGAAGGAAAAGAAAACCCAAAAGUAAAAAAGAAGAUGAAAAAAUAUUAACAGAGAAUGGUUCUGAUGAGGGCAAGGUUAGCCCGCCACCCACGACUGCACACUUGGAUGGGGCUACAACCAACACAUCAGCAGCUUAAAACAUUGUCAAGUCUCUAUUAAUUCAGACAACAUUUUCAAUGGGAACAUACUUGACACAAUAUCUUUACAGCUGUUUGUCUACAGUUUUCUAUCCUGGGUUUAUUGGCCAUUAAGUUUUAGGUUUUCAUGUCAAACAGUUUAUGAAACAAGCAAAUAGCUGUUAAUAACUUAAAACAUAAGCUAUUAUUUGUGUAUAGUGAAUUUUAAAAUGUUUGCCUUUCUUUGAUAUGUUAGGUGUCUCUGGGCAUCCUUACAUUCAUGAUCUAUUGCUAUGGAACUAAUAUCAUUUAGAUCAUUUAUUGACUAUUAUCUGAUAUUGAACUAUAAAGUGAUGCUACAUAUAUUUAAUUAUUACAGUGAUAUAAAAGCUAUUUAUAUUUUUGUAUUGUUAUUUAAAGUAGCCAUUAAUUUAUUAAAUUAGAAACAUAAUAUUUGUAAAAAAAAUAAUUCUAUAAUAAUAAUUGUACAUUUUAAUGUCAGUCCAUUUACAAGUGACUUGUAUGUCUUAUAUCAAAUUGCUUUAUAUCAAAUCUAUGCAUAUGUUUCCUAAAGUAGCAGACAUCCCUGCUCCUACUUCCUACAGAUGGUCCAAUGGUACCAAGGAAGUAGUUGAUGCCACUGCAAAUAAUGUGACACUUGCUGGAUUCAGAUGAAGAGAAGAUAUUGUGAUAAAAGUUUAUUGUCUCUCUUAGUGUGAAUGUUUUAUGCCAACUGUUUUCUUCUAUGCACAUGUUUCCUACCUUCACCAGACUUUCAUAUUGAGGCAGACAUAAUGCAUUAAUAUGACAUGUUUCUUAAUUACAUUCGUUCAUGCCAAAAUUAUUUUUGUGCCAAAUAUCAAAAUGUGUCCAUGUAUUUCUUACCAUACAAAACUAGAUAUAAAGGGGCAUGACUCUAGGUGCUCCUAACAAUUGUGUGUAUUCGAGACAAAUAGAAAUAACUGUCCAACAUGUUUGUGUAAGUGUCUUUGUUUCCUAAACCUUCAGCUUGGGACUAAAUGUAGAUUUGCAAUUGAAUGGAAAAAUAAAGAUAUUUCCUGAUAAUUCAAUACGCUCCAGGAUUGACUAGCAUU